AUGUCGAACCCCUACGAUCAGUACGGCCAGCAGCAGUACGGCCAGCAGUACCAGCAGAACAGCCAGUACGGUGGCGCGCCCUCAUACGGGUCCCCGGCCCCAAGCCAGGGCUACCCGCCGCCACACCAGGGAGGCUACGACCAGGGCUACGGCCAGCACGCGCCACAGCAGCAGUACGGCGAGCAACAGCACCAGCAACAGCAGUACCCAGGCUACGGCCCUCCCGCGCACGGCGGUUUUCAGAACGGCCAGCAAGGCUACGACCAGAACCAGCAAUACAACCAGCCAGCAGCCUACGGGCAGCAGCCAUACCCGGGCCAAGCACCCGCGCAGCAGUUCCCCCAGCAGGGCGGCUACGCGCAAGAUCAGUAUCCCCAGGGCCAGUACGGCCAGCACGGCCAGCAGGGACAGUAUGGUUCUACCGACCCCAAUGCCCAGGCUGAGGGCGAUCGCGGCCUGAUGGGCGCUCUUGGAGGCGGCGCCGCGGGAUACUUUGGCGGCAACAAGAUGGGCGGCCACGGUAUCAUCGGGGCCAUCGCGGGUGCCGUGCUAGGUUCCAAGCUUGAGGAUAAGCACAAGGACAAGAAGCACAACCAGCAGGGCGGCUGGUAG